AUGGAAAAGAUGUGGAUAGGAGCCUUGGGUCUUUCUUCCUUGUUAGGAAUCUUUGGCUCGCUCGUGGCAGCGGAAAACGCAACUUUAGCACAUGUCGAAAUUGACGGUAAUGCGUUUUUCGAUUCCAAGACUGGCGAGAGAUUCUAUAUCCGUGGAGUAGAUUACCAGCCCGGUGGGUCCUCCAAUUUAACAGAUCCGCUAGCGGACAUAGAAAUCUGCAAAAGAGAUGUGCCAAAAUUCCAAGAUUUGGGUCUGAAUGCGGUCAGAGUGUACACAGUGGACAACACGCAAGAUCACACUGAGUGUAUGCAAAUGCUCGCAGAAGCCGGUGUCUACGUAAUCUUGGACGUGAACACGCCAGACAGCUCGAUUUCGAGAUCCAACCCCGGUUGCUCGUACAACGCCGACUAUCUACAAACCGUUUUCGCCACAAUCGACGUAUUUGCCAACUACAGCAACGUGCUUGGCUUUUUCGCCGGAAACGAGGUCAUCAACGAUGAAACCAACACCAACACCGCUACCUACGUGAAAGCGGUUGUUAGAGAUAUGAAAAAAUAUAUGCGUGCCAGAAACUACCGUCAGAUCCCUGUGGGCUACUCUGCAGCAGACGUCACCGAAAACGUGCAAUUGGCAGCUCACUACUUCAAUUGUGGCGAUGACGCAGAUGCUCGUGUCGACAUGUUUGGCGUGAACGACUACUCCUGGUGUGGGAAGUCAUCUUUCCAGGUGUCUGGUUACUCCACCAAGGUGAAAGCUUACAGCAACUACUCGGUGCCACUCUUCCUAAGUGAGUUUGGCUGCACCAAGGUCACUCCCAGACCCUUCACCGAAAUCGGCUCCAUCUAUUCCACUCAAAUGUCCUCAGUCUUCUCGGGCGGGCUCGUCUACGAGUACUCGAACGAGGCCAAUAACUACGGUCUGGUGCAAAUAGAUAGCGACACUUCCGUGACAACGCUCCAAGAUUAUCAAAACCUGAAAUCGGAGUUUGAAAGCACCCAAAACCCCACGGGAGACGGCAACUACGCCAAAAACAACAAUGUGUCUACAUGCCCCACCUACGAAGCAGGGAAAUGGGAAGCCAACAACACCCUGCCUGCCAUGCCAAGCGCGGCGUCUGCCUUUUUCUCCAAGGGCGCAGGCGAACCAAUGGGAACGGGGUACCCAACACAGUUUAGAUGCGGAGACACAAAUCUAAGCGACUAUUUCACCGCAGACGCCGCCUCUACAACCCAGUCGGCUUCGUUGUCAUCUUCGUCAGCGUCAGAAGGUUCCUCUUCUAGCAGUGCGAGCUCAUCUUCCAGCGCAACCAGCGCCACCAGCUCUACCCAAAGCUCUUCUAAGUCAAAGGGCAAUGCUGUGGCCGCCGCAGAAGUGCCAACACUUUUCCGGGCUAUGGCGCACGUUUGGAACUACGUUCUUUAA